AUGUCUCGAAGCUUCCUAGUGGAUUCUUUAAUCGGCAACAACUCGCCGCCGUCGUAUCCGCUACCAUAUUAUGGGAAUCUGCCUAAUUACAUGUUCAGUUUUUUUAAUGUGGGUUUGGGAUACCAACCGAUCAGACCAGUGCCCAGACCACCCACUAUACCUGUACCAAUCACCCCACCGACGUUGGGUGUUAUGCCGAUACCUAGACAGAGUCCUCCAUCACCUUUAAACAACUUGACAAGCAGACUACCAGACGUUUCAACACCCAGCGAGUCUCCGUCCCGCAACAGUACCCCGACGCCUCCGCCAAAAUCCCCGAGCUCCAUUAGCAACAGCUCGAAGCGUAUCCGAACCGCGUUCACUAGCACUCAGCUGUUGGAGUUGGAGCGCGAGUUUGCCUCAAACAUGUACCUGUCACGACUACGUCGAAUUGAAAUCGCGACGAAUUUGCGGCUAUCAGAGAAACAGGUAAAGAUAUGGUUUCAGAACCGCCGUGUGAAAUAUAAGAAGGAAGAUCUGCCAUCUGGCCAAAGUCAGAAAUGCUGCUGCCUACGAACUUGCGGUAAACGCAAGGAUAGCUGUGGAGAGGAAUCGCCUGGCCGAAAGUGCGAUCAAGAUGAGGAUGAAAAAAGAUCGAUAAAAAGCGAGAGUGAUGAUGGCAAAUUUAGUCGCGGACUUGUAACUGAGCGUCUCGAGAGAUCGAUCGCGAAUGAAGACGUCGGUCCCGAGGAGAAGUUCGACUUCUCGAGAAUAAACUCCGUACAGGAAGAUCAGGUACUCGGAUACGAAGCGCGGGAUCUCUCUCGAGGUUGCAAGAGGAGUUUGGGAGCAAGUGAAGAGAACGACAAGAGGAGGAAGAUGGAGACGGUGGCAGAUUAUCAAACUCCGAAUCCAGAGGCGAUUACAACUCCAAUGUUCAGAAGUAUAACAUGCACGAAGCAUACCGUUGAGAGUAUCGUUAACUCGUAA